AUGAACUACAAGCAACUUUCUUCAUCACCACCCCUAACUUCACAAUCACUUUAUACAACCAAUAAUAAUAAUCAUCGUUCAACUAGUAUUGGUCUUCAACAGCAACAAUAUCAGUAUCCUACCUCCUCUACUUCUACUUCUAUCUCUACUUCCUCUCAUCUCUAUAAUACAAGCGGUCCCGCAACUACUCAUCAAUCAUCAUCUUAUCCACAGCAACAGCAGCAACAGCAACAACAGUACAAUACUAGUGGUUAUCAACAAACAUAUGAUAAUCAAGAAAAUAUCAAUAUCAAUCAUCAGUACAACAAUAGUGCAUCACUUCGUUUAAAACAGCAACAACAGCAACUUCAACAACAACAACAACAACAACAACAACAACAACAACAACAGUCAUCUUUAAUCACAAAGUCGAUGGUCAUUAGACCAACGCAUUGUGGAGAUAUUCAACAGCAACAACACCAGCAGCAGCAGCAGCAACAUCACCAAAUAAACAGUGUUUACAACGGUGGGUCUUCUACUACUUCUUCGUCAAGACAACCAAGUGUCAGUAAUAAUCCAUUCAUGACAACUCCAACUGUCCAAGUCUCUGCCUCUGUUGUUCCACAGCAACAACAACAACAACAACAACAAAUGGCACCACCAGUUUCAACUGAACCUCCUACUCUUAUCAAGGAAAUCAUUAGAAACGGUGAUAGUACCAUCGUUAAAGAAUAUAAACGUGGUGAAUUGCUUGGAAAGGGUGGAUUUGCAAAAUGUUAUCAUUUGACCGAUUUGGAAACGAAUAGAGUUUACGCUGCCAAAGUAGUCUUAAAAUCAUCCUUGAUUAAACCAAGAGCAAAAUCAAAGAUUAAAGCUGAGAUUAGAAUUCAUAGUUCAUUAAAUCAUGAAAAUAUUGUAAAGUUUGAACAUUGUUUUGAAACCGAUGAUUAUGUUUUUAUUCUUUUAGGUUUAUGUAAUCAAAAGACUGUAAUGGAUAUUCAUAAAAGAAGAAAAUUUUUAUUAGAAUGUGAAGUUAAAUAUUAUGUUUAUCAAGUGAUUCAAGCAGUAAAGUAUUUACACGAUCACAAGAUUAUUCAUAGAGAUUUGAAAUUGGGUAACCUUUUCAUUGAUAACAUGCGCAUAAAGUUGGGUGAUUUUGGCCUUUCAACCAGAGUUGAACGUGAAGGUGAAAGAAAAAAGACAAUUUGUGGUACACCAAAUUAUAUUGCACCAGAAGUUUUAGAUAAAACAGUUGGACAUUCUUAUGAAGCAGAUGUUUGGUCAAUUGGUAUUAUUCUAUAUACUUUAUUGGUUGGUAAACCACCUUUUGAAACGCCAGAUGUAAAUAUGACCUAUGAACGUAUUAGAACAAAUCAAUAUUCAUUCCCAGAAGAACCAGCACUUGAUGAUAGUACAAAAAAAUUAAUCAUUUCAAUUUUAAAUCCAGUUCCAGAAAAAAGACCAAAUUUACAUCAAAUUUUGGAACAUGAAUUCUUUUCACUACCAACAAUACCAAAAUAUUUACCAGUAUCAGCUCUAACAACUCUUCCAACUCAAUUAAUCCGUUUACCUUCCUCUAUCAAUAAUAAUCAUUUGCCUCUAACUGAAAAUACAAAUAUUAUUAAUCAACAACAUCAACAACAACAUCAACAACAAGAACAAUAUCAAUCACCACAAAAACAACAACAACAAAAGCCAAAUCUUUUUGGUACUUUAUCACCACAAUCACAACAAAAGUUAUCUGAAUUGGAAAAAGAUGAUUUCCAUUAUAGAAAAUUAAGAAGAUUAGAAAAAAUGAAAGAAAAUGAUUUAAAAACUAAAUUAUUAAAACAAAAAUUAGCAUUACCAGAACAAGCACAAAUUUGUACCAAUGUUAAAGAUUUGGAGACUAGAAUUGCCAAUAAUCAUAUUUCCGAACCGGUCAAGGCUAUUUCCCCAUCAGCCGCCUUUGCAAAGAGUUGUCAAUUCCCAAGAGAUUUGGUAUUUGUUAGUCAAUUUGAAGAUUUUACCAGCAAAUAUGGAAUGGCAUACAAUUUGUCAAACGGAUCGGUUGGAGCCUACUUUAACGAUUCCACCAAGGUGAUUACUUUUCUCAACACUGGUAUUGCAUAUUACAUGGAGCAUGCCAAGGGAGAUGACGGCGACGGCAAGAGAAUUUUAAAUAUCAACGAGGAGCAUCCACACGACACCCAGAAAAAGGUAACCCUCAUGAAAUACUUUUCCAAUCGCUUCCUUCAGCAACCUGUAAAAUUUAAUAUCAACUAUCGUCAUCAACUACAACGACAACAGCGAAUCCUAUACACUGACGACUCUUUGGCUUCACCAGUCUAUGUAAAAAAGUGGAAAGAGACACCCAAGGGAAUUGCAUUCAGAUUAAGCGACAAGACGAUUCAAGUAAACUUUGUAGACAACUCGAUCAUCAUUCUCACCAACGACCAAAACGUCACCUAUGUUUCUGCUGACCAGAAAACAAUUUUAACCGAUAAGCUCUCCAAUAUGCUUCAAAGCACUGAUCCAAACAUUGUCAGUGGCAUCAAAUUCACUAGAGAAAUUGUCCCAAGUCUUUAUUGUCACAAGAAACCAGAUGAAUAG